CUCGGCUGGGGCGCCCUCCGCAGGCGCGCAUGGCAGCCCCCGCGCGGUGAUCCCGCCGGCAGAGCGAGCAGCGCACAGCUAGCACGAGUCCCGGGCCGAUGUCCCAGGUGAGUGGCCAGCGCCCCCCUCACUGCGACGCGCCCCAUGGAGCCCCCAGUGCAGCCCCGGGCCCAGCCCAGAACCAACCCCUCCUGCCUGAGCUGGAGGUAGUAACAGGAUCCACUCACCCUGUGGAGGCAGCACUAGAGGAGGGCUCCCUGGAAGAGGUGGCACGUCCCAUGCCCCAAGGCAAUGGCCCUGGGGCCCCUCAGACCCUGGACAGCACUGACCUCGACGUCCCCACAGAAGCUGUGACACGCCAGCCUCAGGGGAACCCCUUGGGCUGCACCCCUCUAGUGGCGAAUGGCUCAGGCCACCCCUCGGAGCUGGGCAGCACCAGGCGGGCGGGGAAUGGUGCCCUGGGUGGCCCCAAGGCCCACCGGAAGUUGCAGACGCACCCAUCUCUCGCCAGCCAGGGCAGCAAGAAAAGCAAGGGCAGCACCAAAUCUGCUGCCUCCCAGAUCCCCCUCCAGGCGCAGGAAGACUGCUGCGUCCAUUGCAUCCUGUCCUGCCUGUUCUGCGAGUUCCUGACGCUGUGUAACAUCGUCCUGGACUGCGCCACGUGCGGCUCCUGCAGCUCCGAGGAUUCGUGCCUCUGCUGCUGCUGCUGCGGCUCCGGCGAGUGCGCCGACUGCGACCUGCCCUGCGACCUGGACUGCGGCAUCGUGGACGCCUGCUGCGAGUCCGCCGACUGCCUGGAGAUCUGCAUGGAGUGCUGCGGCCUCUGCUUCUCGUCCUGACCGCCGCCGCCCCCGCAGGGCCCCUCGCGCCGAAGCCCGGGGGGUGGGGACGCGCCAGGCCACCUCUGCGCAGGCGGGGGGGCGGGGUCGCUGCAGCACCGCCUCCUCGCGGUUCCCGGACCCACUGCAGCCCCGGACGCCUGGCAGGCUGUGUUGGGGCGGGGGCCGCGCCUGGACCCGCGGCCUGGGCUGCAGAACACUGUGAAAGUGGGGGCGCAGGAACGUGGGGGAGGCGGGGCCGGCGGGCUGUGCGCUUCUCUACCUCUCACCGCCCCUGGCGCCCGCCUCCCGCCGCCCAGACUCCGAGGACAGCAAAAUGUGAAGUGAGACACCCCAGCCCGCCCUGGGCCAAGCCCCUCCCCACUCUCCUUCUUGGGACCCGUGGGGGCCUGACCCAUACAGUGACUCCCGAGGUCCCCCCGGAGGGCAGGGCUGGGCCAGGAGGGACGGGAAUGGUAUAGACAAGACUGGAAGGG